UUGGCUCACGGACGGACGCGCGGCAUCGUACGGUUUCGAAAAAGGCUGACGUUUUCCGUCCAGUGACUUUUCACGCGCAGUCCGCUGUUAAUCGUUCAUCGUAUCGUCGUGUGGAAGGUGUACUAGAAGAUCAUAAUUAAUGUCCCUCUGCUGUUGCCACAGCGCAGUGACAUUUUGCUGACUUUUUCGGUAGUCGUUUGUUUGGUGUUUUGUAUGCAGUUUAUUGUUUCUCUCUCUCUCCCAACCAACGAUCGCACAUCGAUCAAGCGUUAGUGCACACACCAAAAGCCAGUACUGUCAGUGCAUUGGAUUGAUGCGCGUUUGGUAGAGGAGAGAAACCGACUAACGGACCAAGUUGGCUCCAAGUGGCUGCACCGUCACAUUUUCGUCACUGACCCCGCCGGCCCGCCUUCCUUCCCCGCGUGGCCUUCGCGCUGUUUAAUAUGACACAUGCCUUGACGUGCGGCGAGUGUCAAAACAGCUUCCCCACCGUUCGGUUUGACGUCUGCGCCGGUGUUGCGGUACCAUGCCCCACACCAUGUCGUCCACCACGUGGAUCGAGGAGCAGCCGGCCCGGUCACCGGUGAGGACACCGCCGGGCCCCCGGAAGCCCACCGUCAGCCGGGACACCGCGGGGUCGACGACGGAUGCGUUCAGCAACAUCAGCAACGGCCAGGGAAGCGUCGGCUCGGGCCGGUCGGGGGUGCGCCGGUUCGGGGACAUCUUCCGGAACCGGUUGCGGAUGGCGGGGGCGGCGGCGAUGCGGACGUUCAACGAAAGCUUCCCCCAGGAAUGCAAGAUGCACUCGGACGAGGAGAGCAACGUGCAGACACCCUCACCGAAGACGGGCGGGAAGGGUAGGCGGGCUUUUGGCGAGCUGGUCGAUGCGGUGCUGGUGAACGAGCGGGCAGUGGCGGGUGCGCAGAGUCGCCGGGAUCGGACCUUCACCGAGCGGAGCAACACUCUGGCCGGAGUCGGUGCAGGUGGAAACGCUGGUGGCCUCCGAUCGAGACGCAGUUCGACUAUGUUCCGUCAGCGGACAGUACACCGGACGUCGAGUGGUGUGAACAAGAGUACUGUUGUUGAGGACGGAGCAGCUGCCAAAGACGGCACCGAGUACGGUGGACACCAGCAGCAGCCGCGGAACGAGGACGUGCAGUGCAAACCGGACGAUGCGGCCCCGACGGAGUCCCGCGUGGCAACCGACUUCCAUCGCCCGGCUCAGUCCGUGCCCGUGGCCAUGCUUCGCGGCGAGAAGUCGCUUCCCAGUGGUGGACCGGAUGCGGUGGAUGAGGUCGUCGUGGGGAAGCCGCCGAGCCGUGAACGCGUAAACUCUACCUCACACUACUCGACCGAGAAGAGCGGCUCGUCGGGGUACUACAGCACGAACCUCUACUCGACCGGUGGUUCCCUGGUGGACGAGCACAUCUACUGCGAACCGAUUGACCGUUGUCCGCGCACGCAGGCUCUCGACGUGGGCAAGGAUCGCCAAGGGCUGCCUGCGUUGAAGAGACAGCCGCCGGUGGUCGGAAGUGAGGAGUCCGCGAGUGUGGCUCCAGCGAACUGUGAUAGGAAGCGACGGGGUAAGAACGACCAGGAGCUGUCGGAGUUGCAGCGCAACGUGCGGGGCUUGGAGCAGUACUACUAUCCCUCCUCGCUAGCGUCUCCUGCAGCUCCGGUGCAGAUUAGUGUCCUCCGUGCGACUGUAGUGCAGCAGCAGCAGCAGUCACUUGGUGUGUCCGGAGUCCAAGAGUGUGGUGCGCAGGACCAGUCCUGCACAGAAGCUGGUCAACUGCAACCGGUGGAAGACCCUCCGGACCCAUCGGAGCAACCCUUGUCCGUCAUCAUGGAGGGGAUUGAUGGGCAGAUUCCGCGACCCAUUUGGCCGCUCGAUACCGACGACUCACUGAUGGACAUCAACCUAGAAUCGUUCCGGAUGGCGAACCACAGCAGUCAGAAUUUGAUCGGUUUCGAAAGCCCCUCGCUUUCGUCACUCACGGACAACGAGCAGUAUGCGCAUGGGGCGAACGGUGCCGCAGGUGAAGUCGCCCAAGGUCCCGGGGAACAGGGGCACGUUCGGAAGAAGUCACAGUACGAGGAAUAUCUCGAGUUCCACAACACACGCAACAUUCUCGAGCAGAUUCGGGGCAAGCUCAACACUCUGCUCGAGCAGCGUAACGCUGAACAGCAGGAUCAACCGUCGCAGCGAGUGCCGAGCUCGGGGAAUCCGUUUGCAAACUCCACGCUUGUCGGGCCGCCGGCAAGUGGCGAGACGGAGCUGGAGAAGAAUAUCGCCAUCCUGAAGGCGGACCUCGACGGGUACUUGCGCACGAUGAACCAGAAGAACGAGAACGAAAUCAAGCGCUUCUGCCGGGGUAUGUCGCGGGAACCGAAGGUGGUCGCGGUGCAGAAUGCGGUGGAGCAGCGUAACCGAUCUCGAUCCGGCUCAAUCAUGAGUCUCGAGCACGACUACGAACUGCUGGAUCGUUCGGGAGGUGCCGCCGGUUUGCCGUAUGGAAGUAUAGUGUCCGUAGGGUCGGAAUCCCAACUACCUUACUAUCAGGUCAUGCCACCGAUGGAAGGCGAAGGGCCGAGGCACUACCCUAGCGGUCGCCCUCCGGCAGCACUACCCACGGCGGCCGCCCUCGUGCUCAACCGUCGCAGUCCACCGAACCCGUUCGCGCAGGAAGUGCGCAGCUGUCAGCUGUUCCAGCACGGACCGGCGUCUACGUCGUUGGCCGGGUCGCAUUCGUUGUGCUGCCAGCAGCGCUACCUCAACAGUGACGAAAUUCGUAUCUGCAGCCGGUACGGGGGUUGCGACCGGGCGGGCGGGGGCCAUGCGAAUGUCGCCAUCGAUAUGCCGGAAGACGGCGAGGAUAACGACUCCGACGACGACGAGAGUUUCGUCGGGGUAUCGGCCGGUCGGGGAAGUGUCAGUAUUGGAAUGCCACCGAUGGACGCGGGAUCGUCCGCGGAUGGCGGUGAUGUGAGACGUGGCAGUCGUGUGAAAAUCAAAUCUGAUGCCAGUAGUGACGGUGAUGGUGGGAAGGGUGGCGACAGUGCCAGUGAUAGUAGUGCGGGGCGGGCCGCUAUGGCGCACUGUGAUUUCAGCCAGCUGCAGCGCAACAUCACGCUCGAGCGCAUCAUCCUGAUGGAGAGCCUCGGGAAGGGGCGCACGGGGCAGUUCGGCGACAAGGAGAAGAUGCUGCUCGAGUGGCACCAGAACAAGCCGAGCUGCUGGGAGCUGUACUACGGUGCGAACCGCGAGGAGCAGAAGCCCCACCAGACGCUCAUCCGGAAGAUGAAGCUCGGGCGCAAGAACACGGUUUGCAUUUCUUACCCCUCGACCCGGCCCGAAUCGGACUUCACGCUGGACGUACCCCGGGCGGAACAGCUGCGGCUCAAGAUGAAGAAGGAAAAGCAGUUUCGGAGCCGCUGCCGAUGGUUCUUCUACUUCCUGAGCGUCGUGUUCUUCCUGCUUUCGGUGAUGGUGGUCAGCCUGAUACUGACGCGUGGCAAGCGGAUGUUCGGGAGCAUGAUUUAGCCGCCGGACGGAAUCCCGCAGUGAUAGGAGAUUGAAGCUGUGGACUCAGUGUUGACUCCUUGAAUUUAGAAUCCGAUGUGAGGGAGCGACGAACAAAAAAUCCCUACCAAUCCUGGUGCGACUGGGGAGAAGUCUCUUCUGUGUUCUUUGCGUUAGUUGUUACGUAUUUUAUGUCUGUUUUUUUUUUUAAUUUAUGUCGCAGGAAUGCAUGAUCCAAGCGAACGAUUAGUGAUCCUUGUCGGAAAAUUGUAUCACUCUGUUAUUGUUAAGUUUGUCCCCUCGCUGUCGGUCAUAUUCUGCCUUUCGUUUUUUGCCGCUUCUCAUCUGCAAUGGCAAAGAUAAUCUACCUCGGUGAAGACCAUUUAAUCGCACUUGAAUCCAUCGAGAACAUAACAAACGAAUCGCCCGACUUGACACAGCCCCAUCAAAGUAAAAGCUUAUUCUACCAAUCUCAAUCUCACGUGAUUCGACGGCGGGCGGGACUUUGAAAGUGGAAAAUAAUGAUAAUUUAGUUUUGAUGUUGAUCGAUUGUUUACGAAAAACGA